AUGAACAUCUUGCACAAUAUCUCGAGACUCGACGAGGAUUCACCAGAUCUUUUAACGCACCUCAAGACCUUGGGAGAUGAGUUGCGAUCAGAACAAGUUCGAGAGCAGCUUGGCCAAGAGCCAACAUUUUUCAUAGAACAAUGUUGUAGAUUCAUGAAAAGUGAAGAAGUGGCGAUGGAAACGGUCAGAAUUUUGGUCAAUUUUACUGCCGAUAGCGAUCAAAACCGAUUGGUUGUAACUGAGAAUGAACAAUUGAUGAGUAUCAUCGAGUCAAACUUGGGUGGUGGUAGCCCUUUCAACUUGAGAUUGAGGUAUGCCAUUCUUUUGAGUCAAUUUAUCCGCAACACCGAACUUCAGGCAACUUUUAUGAACACCUUUUAUGAUUUUGGUAUUGCAGAUGCAUUAUUCGAUGCCUUGGACCAAGAUUCACAGCUUUUGGAUAUUCAAUUGGAGAUAGAAGCAGCCAUAGUUUCAUCUGCCAUUGAUAAAAUUAUUGUAGACUCCAAUUGGCAACGGAAAGCAAUUGAGUGGACUCAGAAACUAGUGGAAAUCUACCAAACACAACUCCAAGCCGGUGAUGAUAGCAUGAUACUUGAAAGUGUUUCUUCGUUGUUAUACAACUUGACGAAAUUUGAGUCGGAUCCGGGAUUCAACAAUACGAACAUUUCCACGGAUAUUUUAAAGCUUCUACCCAAGGUGCCUGCAAUAGAGAACGAAACAAUGAUACGAAGACGCUUAUUUGGUGCGUGUGGCAACAUCUCGUCCAUGAAUGGGUACGACAAUAAAAAAACACUAAGAACAAUGAUUACUUUGUUCUUGGAUUCAGAGGAUCCAUACAGUGCGGGUGCUUGUGCCGUAAACUUGGGCAACACAAUCAAUGGAGCUGAAACAAAAUCUAACUUUUUGGAGAGUGUUGACCUCAAAGAUUUCCUUGACAAGUUUUUCUCCAUACUAUUCAAUGACGUGAUACAAUUUCAAGCUUUGCAUGUCCUCAACAAUCUGAUGACAGAAUCGAUGUCCAAGAUUAUAUUGGAAGACCAUUACCAGGCCUUAUUACGUAUCAGCAAAGUCAUCAUUGACAACGCACAAUACUAUCGUGAGGUGUUGGCCAUCUACUUGAAGUUUCUUACCAAACUUGUUCGAUCUCUGUCUUUACAACUAGCGUCAUAUCAAGAUCUCUGGUUUGAUGUGGAACGCUGUGAUUCCCCAAUUGAUGUUGGAAUAUUAUUUGCCUUGAUAGGGCUGACUGAGUACCUGAAUGGUCGCUUUGACUCGUCGCAUUUUCACAAUACACUUAUGAAGCAUUUGAUGUCAUUUUUACCCGAAGCACCUGCUAUAUACUACGAUGAAAAAGUUAAAUGUUUGGGUAUAUUUCUUGUCAAAAUUGGAAUUGACAAACUCAAUUAUGACGACUAUGCAAAGCUUUUGUCAUCUUUCGCAAAUCGUGACUUUCUGGGCAAUUCAGUGGUGGCUAACAAUUUAAAGUUUGUGGCUGCAAAAACGUUGGAAACGGGCAAUUCCAAAGAGGAACUAGGCGAUCUCGAGGCUAUAUGCCGGAAAAUCAUUGCGGGGCUGAACGGCAAUUAG